UAUAUCACAAGAUGAACUCUUUUCCCCUUUCUUCUCCAUUGCGGAUUUGCGCUUAUCAACUUCAUCUCCAUGGAAAAUAAUCAUCAACAACAUUAAUUUGCACAAUUCCGAUCAACUUGGUGGCCGCCGGCGACAAUUUCCGACGACCCCAUCUCCUAUUUCCACCUACCGGCCAUGCCCCGUCGGAAAAAUCCGGAUACAAAUGGAUCAAGAUCCGUAGUUUUUCGACAAUCGGAGAUUGACCCACCUCGUUAUAGGGGUGUACGUAAACGGCCAUGGGGUCGAUUCUCUGCUGAGAUAAGGGAUCCGGUGAAAAAAGCUCGGAAAUGGCUGGGUACAUUUGAUACAGCGGAGGGUGCUGCACGAGCUUAUGAUACUGCUGCAAGGUCCUUUCAUGGAGCUAAAGCGAAAACUAAUUUCCCAAUAUUGCCUCCUUAUGGGGAGAAUCAAUUUGAAAAUCUUCAACAAUCAAGGCCGGCGUCGAGUAGUAUGAGUAGUACGGUGGAAUCAUCGAGUGAUGCGCGUGCAUUGUGUAAAAUUAUGCAACCGCGGAUUGAAAUUCCUCGCCGGAUUCCGAUGGGGGAAUGCCAUAGUGAUUGUGAUUCGUCGUCUUCUGUGGUGGAUGGUAAUUGCAUUGGCGGCGGCGAUGAUCAGACGUCGUCGUUUUGUAAAGAUCCUCUGCCGUUUGAUUUGAACUUUCCACCUCCAUCUGAUGAUUUUCAUAUAAUGCCCCUUUGUGUUUCUAGUUAAUUUUUGAUGAUUAUGAUUGAAAAAAAGAACUUUUUUUUCUAUGUUUUUCGUUUAAUUCUGAAUUUUUUUUCUUGUUUAAAAUGUAUCCAUUUGCUGAAUGAUGAUAACCAAAUGUGUUUUUAAGUUAUGCAUAACUUUGUGUAGUUUUUUCGUUGAGCUGAAGGUCUCUCGGAAACAGUCGUAGGGGUAUAAUCUACGUACACUUUACCCUCCUCAGGCCUUACAUUGGGUGUUCGUUGUUGUUGUUGUUGCAUAGAUUAGUGUGCUCUGUCAUGAUGCAAUCUGUAUUAGAAAAGAUUGUAUCUUUACUAUUGAACACGGGAUCUGAUUAUGGAAUUUUUAUCUGUCUUCUGAUCUGCUUCUGCUUGAUGCAAAUAGCAAAAUGAACACUUGACCUUUUCUUUUGUACAAAGAAUGUUUACAUUCAUAAGUGAAUUAUCACAUAGGAGAUAUUCAUUUUUUGUUAUAUCUCUGCAUUUUCUUUGAGUAUGUUAGUAGUAUCAUGGACUAUCAAAUGAGUUGAAAGUCAUUUAUCCUCAAUUUAAAUAAGUGUUGUCAAAGGCGCGCUUUAAGCAUUGAAGCGAGGUGUAAAACAUGUUGAGCGCUUCGUCUUGCUUAGCGGGCUCUUCAGUGUCUUCAUCAAGACUCUUAAGCCCUAUAUUACCUUGCCAAUGAGUAUAAUUCUCAAGAGGCGAUACUUAACAAUUGAUAUUUCACUUUAUGGUAAUUUUUUUCAAUUUCUUUAUCCAUAUAUUUUUGUUGUUCAGGCUUAUAAUUAUAUUAAGUUUUUGAGUACACAUAUAUUUGUAUAUUUUCUUCAUAAAAGUCCACGCUUUAUUUGCGGUUUCCGCUUAAAGCUCCAAUGGACCUUGGUGCUUUUGUGCGUUUUGCCGUUGGCAAUACUGAUUUGAAUGUGGAGGAUAUGUACUGGCACGGAAGAAGAUGGAGUGGAGGCUUCCAAAAGAUUUCGCAGCCAAGAAAAAGAACACUUUGCUAUUCAAUACGACUUUUUGACGAUGAAAGUGAAAUCAUCCUCGUUAAUGCUGAUGCUAGCCUUGUCCUGCAGUUGGAAAAGACUUGCAAUACUGAUUCAACAUAGCCAUUUACUUGAACGUUGGGAUACGUUCAGAUAUGGUCCGAUCCAUUGUCUAGUUCGUCUGCCAGCAGGAUGUUGUCUGUGCUUUGUGAUUGCUAGUCAUAUGUGAGUAGUAGUAACAACUAUAUUGAGUUUGCUUGGAACUCAAUGAACUCAUGAAAAAGUGUAGAAUCACAAUACCAUAUCUAAGAAAGGUUGUCCCAAAA